UUCGUUUUCCAGUGUAGUGCGUUGAUUUCAUACCAAAGUCAUACCUAACAUUCCACUUACACUGUCAAACCAGGAUAAAUAUUAUUGAAAACGAUAAUGCGCCCAAAAAUUAAGUAUCAAAAUGAGUAAAUUACCUUCGCUUUUGUCAGGAGGGGUGACUACCAAAUAAAAGCUGCUUGGAUCUGGACCACUUUCCUCUAAACUUGUUCUCCAGAAGAAUCAAGUGGUUAUAUACCCAAGAAUUGACAGACAGUGAAAGGCAAAUUGGAGGAAUACAUAACUCGACAAUUUACGCGCUGUUUUGCUGCACCCCAUAGAUCCUCUGACUGUGGGGCUCGGGGUCGGGCCCAGGGUGAGCCGCCACCAUUGCUUCCAACGAGUGGAGUGCCAACGGUAGCCCGGGGGAUGGGCUGGACGAGGGGAACGAUGAGCUGGACAAGGCCAUGGACGGGGACGCCGAGGGGGUGUGGAGCCCAGACAUAGAGCAGAGCUUCCAGGAGGCCCUGGCCAUCUACCCCCCCUGUGGACGGAGGAAAAUCAUCCUCUCAGACGAAGGCAAGAUGUACGGUCGCAAUGAGUUGAUAGCCAGGUACAUCAAGCUGAGGACAGGCAAAACCCGCACAAGAAAGCAGGUAUCUAGUCACAUACAGGUGUUAGCACGGAAGAAAGUUCGAGAAUACCAAGCGGGUAUCAAGGUUUCUAGCCAUUUGCAAGUUCUCGCCCGGAGAAAAUCUCGCGAGAUCCAGUCAAAGCUGAAGGCCAUGAAUUUGGACCAGGCGUCUAAAGACAAGGCCCUCCAGAACAUGGCAGCACUGUCGUCUGCUCAGAUUGUGUCACCGAGCCUGAUCAAGAGCCAGCUACCCCCGCUGCCCCAUUCACCCUACCCCCCACAAGCCAGGUUUUGGCCAGGCCCUAUCCCAGGACAACCUGGCCCCUCUCAGGAGCUGGUUCUAGAGCUCAACCCGGGAAGGAUUCCUGGGCUUGGCCGCAACAGCUAUGCUAUCAAACCUUUUGCACAGUCCCCAUACCCAAACCUACCAGGCCCUGCUCCCCCACCUAUAUCAACCUAUGAACCCUUGGCACCCCCCCUCCCCCCGGCUGCUACGGCAGUACCCGUGUGGCAGGACCGGACCAUCGCCUCCUCCAAGCUGCGGAUGCUAGAGUACUCUGCCUUUAUGGAGGUGCAGAGGGACCCGGACAACUACAGCAAACACCUGUUUGUCCACAUUGGUCAGACCAACCCUUCCUACAGCGACCCUCUGCUGGAGGCAGUGGACAUCAGGCAGAUCUACGACAAGUUCCCAGAGAAGAAAGGCGGACUCAAAGAGCUUUAUGAGAAAGGCCCCCAGAAUGCCUUUUUCCUAGUCAAAUUUUGGGCGGAUCUUAACAGCAGUGGCAUGCAGGACGGCCCAGGCUCCUUCUAUGGAGUCAGUAGCCAGUACAGCAGCUCUGAGAACAUGACCAUCACCGUCUCCACCAAAGUCUGCUCCUUCGGCAAACAGGUGGUCGAGAAAGUAGAGACGGAGUACGCCCGAAUGGAAGGAGGGAAGUGCGUCUACAGAAUCCACCGCUCUCCCAUGUGCGAGUACAUGAUCAACUUUAUCCACAAGCUCAAACACCUGCCAGAAAAAUACAUGAUGAAUAGUGUUCUGGAAAACUUUACCAUCCUUCAGGUGGUGACAAACCGUGAUACUCAGGAGACCUUGCUGUGUAUAGCGUUUGUGUUUGAGGUCUCAACGAGUGAACACGGGGCACAGUACCACGUCUACAGGCUUGUCAAAGACUGACCCACCCACCGUUCUGCAGGGAGGUUUGGGAAUCGGCUUCCAAAGUACUGCGUGACACAAUCUGUACAGUACACACAGACUGCUCAACUGCCAAGAAACAUUUAAAAACGACGUUAGAAUGAACUGACAUGAACAGAUGUUAUACUUCCACACAUGUUUUGGUAAAAUAGGAAAAAGGAUGAAGUCUCAACAGACAGGAACGGCAACUUAUUAACCAUAUAUUUAAAAUGUGCUAAGACAACGUGGGUCAUAUUGGUAAUGACAAUAAAUGUACAGUAGCUUGAGAUGUUUUCACUGAGGGAAUGAGAAGGUGUCCAAGGUUAAGAGUUGUCUCCAAGGGAACACACUCUAAGCAAUAUGGUAAUAAGUGUAUAGAUUGGAACGGUACAGCUACAAGGACCAUCGAAGAAGAGCAAACCCAAAAUAAUCAAAGUAGAACUUUCCUACUGAGUGGUGUUGAUAAAUUAAGAUAGCCAAGAGCCUUUCUCCAAAGACAAGUAUUGAUUGAUUGCCAGCCUCUCUGGAAUGCCUUAUUUACUACCUCUGGUCUUUAAAUAAAACAGAAAGAAACCAGACAGAUAUAAAAUGCAUCAAUUAAUUGGAAACUGAACUUUACUAUGCAGCUCACCCUUAUCUAGAUCCUCGAAGCACACUUCUUAUCCAGGCACAUUGUGUGACGGACAGAGAUGGAUGAAACUCUUUUUCGUUUUCAAUUGAUGUGUUGUCAUGAAUGGUUAGACGUUUGGCUGCAGUCCACAUGUACAGUAAGGGGAUAGCGCGAUCAGAUCAUUCAGUUUCAAAACCCUUGGCUUAUUGGGUCCUAGACAACAACACAUUUAUGUGCUGUGGUGCACUUAACAUAUCAAGAAAGGGUGAAGCAACAAAUAUGUUUAUUUUCUGCCUUUAGUUAUGAUAUUGAAAUGAACUGUUUCUGUACUGUGAGUCAGUGGAUGCUACAGGAAUAUGUGUUACAUAGGAGUAUUUUGGGGACGUGUUUAUAUUUGUGAUUGACUUUAACUCGGCACAGAGACUAUAGCUGUUCUCUUAGAGUGGAGGGGAUUCAACACUGUUUUCUUAAAAACAUGGCUUGAGAAUUCGCCCGAUUAGAACUUGCCAAAUUGUAACUGACCAAAUGUACGGGUGAGUUCAACUAAUGUAAGAACUUCAGGUUUUCUUAUCUAAUCUCCCCAUUUGAGCAAUCCCAAUUGAUGGAUUUCACAUUUAGUCUGAUUGUAAGCCUACAUGAUGUAAGAGAAGUUUCUAUUUUGUCAUGUAACCAAUAAAAACAAAAGCUCUCUCUUAUUUUAUGAGCUUAUCUCAACAAAUUCUACUCUUAAUUUGUCAAUGCCAUCAGCCAAUGAAAAACAGCUUUUAUGUUUCUAAAAAAUACCUAUCCUCUCUGUGCUGUGGUGUGUGACCAUUGAUUGUUAUUUAUAUUGAAACAAAUGGUGGGAGGGCUGGGCUGGGCUAUGGGCCAUGUGUUUAUCCUUUGCCAUGGCAAUGGAGGUGUUACAAGUAUUGCUGAGCUAAACUUUAUACUAAAGACAAGAUAACUGUCAUCCCAUGGAUCUAGAUAGGGGAUGGUCUCUGCCUUGAAUGGUUCACUGGGCUUCUGUCAGAAGAAUU